AUGGCGGGAGUCAAGCGGAAACUCGACGCCCCUCCUCAAGGGUCUGCUCAAGCGGCCUCCGGUGGUAGUUCUACGAAUCCUAAUGCCACAAACAGCACUAGUAAUUCUACUGCUGAUGCUACAUCUCAUGUUCGCGUGACUCGAAGCUUACGCUCAAGUCGAGAUCCGCGGGCCACUCAAAAUGAUGCGCGUAAUCACAGCACCGCUUCUGCUAUGAGCGGAAGCAGCAGUAGCAAUAGCAGCAGCAACAACAGCAACAGCAACAACAACAACAACAACAACAACAGCAGCAGCAACAGCACCAAUAGCACCUCAUAUAGGCCUAAUCCUAAUCGCCCAUCGCGAAUUGUUACUCUGAGUACUCGCGUCGCUCGAGCAAACACUGCUGCCCGUGAACGCGAACAAGCAGCACGGGACCAAGCCCUUCGCGAGAACAACGUAACUCGUGAGAAGCGUAGUACUCGGACUCGUGCAAGUGCCUCGUUGCCUUCACAUCCAAUGGAAGGAUCGGUGGCAACUGUUCCUGAGACACCACGGCACAAGCGCGUAAAACGGGGACCCACGAUGGAAGAAACGCCAAGAACCACACGACAAUCCGCGCGACUCAAAGCGCAUGUUCCAUCCAUUUCGACAGAAGAUGGGGCUGCGGAUUUAGGUCUGGUGCAGAAGCCGUCAGAGCCAAGCCCUUCAGCAAUUGCUGCUCCAAGUAGCCGUACUCGGAAUAGAAGCCGACAAUUUGCAGACGGUGCCAUUGAGACCGCUCGUGGUGGCGCAGGCAAUGUGAUUGCCCUUGCGAUCCCUGAAGCCGAAUCGCCAUCCCCCGACCGAACGAGCCUUGACCUUGUAGAGGAUGUGAAGCCUCUAUACGAAGAGCCUCAUGUGAGCCCGAAGCUGGCUAAAGAAGAAUCGCCCAGGGGGACAGUGGUGGAUGACGAGAAAAACGGAGGUAGCGAGCCGACACUUUCUGAAGCUGGUGAUUCGGGUGAUGUCCCAACCACUCCCAGCCCUCCAUUAUCCUGGAAACGGGGAUCGCCGGAACUAGUACGGAACAGCGGAGCCGGUUCUGAGAAUCAUCUUGAGUCACCUAGCAAAAAGCCAAAGCUGGAAGAGGCCGAGCCGGAUCGUGCCUCGAAACAGCAGUCACAGCCUGUCACAAACGGACUCAACAGUAGACCCGAGACAGGAUCUCCCGUGGAAGUUGUUACUGAGUCGAAAGCUGGAAGUCAGACCCGAUAUGCGGCAGACGAAGUUGAAGGCUCGACACCGGAGAUCAGUACGGAGCCCACAGUUUCUCGAGGGUUCCGCGGUGGUCGGGUUCGAGGCAGAGGACGGGGAGGACGCAGCAGGGGAGCCGCGCGCUUUGCAGCCAACAAACGAGGACGAGGUGGUACUCGUAGUGGUCGUGGGCGUGCUGGCCGACAGCUUGACAGAUCGAGUGAUGUUGAGCCUGACCGCUCACCUUCCCCCAGUGCAGCAACUCAAAGACUUCGCGAUCGACAACGUGAGCUAGAUAAGGCGUUCAAGAAAGUGGCUGCGGCUCAACGAUUGGCUCUAGCGGUGCUGGCUACGCAGUCUGAGAAACGAAUUGCGCGAGACAAGAACGCGCACAAGGAUGUGCCCGAAUUUGAGGAAGUCAAUCGUCAACUACAGGAACGGCUACGGCAGAAGAAGGACAUUAUCCGCAGAGAGUAUGAGCUCAAAGUGGAGCAAGAGAAUCGUCUGUUCAAGGCCUCCAGAGAAGUACUUGAAGAGCGUUUUCGGGCAUCCGCCCGCGAUAUCCGGGAGGAGCACUUGAUCGCCAGCCAAGGAGCAUACAUGACUUUCGUCAGAGGCCGCCGUGCUGCGGAAGAUGAUGAGCACACCGAGGUUGGUAAUCUUUCUUGCCCUCACAUACUCUCGCCUCGUGCGGAAGAAACCGAGCCUGAGCGGGGGCCAAUUGUGCCACCCGCGCGGGAAGUCUUCAGAGGGUUCAGCUCGUCUUACGUGCGGAUUCCCUCCGGAGCGGCAGCAUAUGAACGUGCCUGGCUUGAUUGGGAUGAUUUUGUUCAGCGAGCUAAAGUCGGCGAGGACAUCGACCCGCAGAUGAAAGAAAUGCGUGAGCCUGGGCCCUUCGCUGGCUUUACUUCAGACGAGGUCAUCGACAUGCUUGUGAAGGCAACUGGGAUAGUGGAUGUACAAACCAAUCCAACGGCAGGGGAAACGCAAUCUCUGGUGCUACACGAUGUGCGCCCUCGAGCAUUAUCAGCCCUGGCGGAUAUCGCAGCCGCCGAAACUCCUCGACUCCCGAUCGCGGCUGCUCCCCGAUUCCAGCCAGCUCCCCAUCGAACCAUUCUCCCCCAACCUGCUCUGGCGCAUGGUCCUCCUGGUCCUCCGGGUCCUCCGGGUCCUCCGAGUCAUCCGGGCCCCCCUGAGCCUCGAGGCUUUGUCCUUCCUCCGCCAACUCCCCAGCGACAACAGCCCCGACGACUUCUUCCCGCUGGACAGCAGAUUCCGCCCAUCAAUGAGCAACUCGGCCUGCCUGAUCCUUUCGCCUCGAUGGGAGGACUACCUCGUCUUCCCCCGCCAGGAGGCUCGCACUUUCAGCGGCCGCCUCCACUUCCUGGUUACUUGACUGGACACCAUGCUCCGAGUCUCUAUUAUCCACCUCCACCACCGCCAUCUGCGCCUCGUCCUCCGUAUUGA